CGAACUAGUUCAAAGCACGCUAGUUCAUCAUGAAGUACUCCAUCCUAUUAUAUCUUGUGACAAUCAUAAUCGCCGUUAAAGGCGAUAAUGAUAAUUCAACUGAGGAAAUCGAUGGUAAAAUCGUAGGUGGUUACCAAACCGAUAUCACAUUUGUCCCAUAUCAAGUGGCUCUAUUAAACAACUAUGGCGGUGUCUUCUGCGGAGGAUCAAUCAUCAGCCAGUGGUGGAUCAUUACCGCUGCGCACUGUGUUCGUAGCGAGAAUGCCGGCACCAUCAGAAUCCGUGCCGGAUCUUCCGACUAUACUCAAGGCGGCAGCAUCUACUACAUCAGUCAAAUCUACUCUCAUCCCAGUUACAACCCGCAGAUUGAAGAUUACGACAUCGCGCUUCUUUCAGUGAGCAGUAGUUUCAACUUCGGCAGUGGAGUACAAGCUGUUAUGUUGCCACCAUUCGGGCAAUUUCUACGCCCGCCGCCAACAGGUACACAAAUGUUGGCUUCCGGCUGGGGUUAUCCAUGGGCCGGUGGAUCAUCUCCGCAGUAUCUUCAUGCGGUCACAGUCACCGUUAAUGAUUUCAAUCAAUGUAGCUGGUCGUAUCCAACAUUAACCGAUCGUAUGAUAUGCGCCUCUGAUGCGGGGAGAGACACAUGUCAAGCCGACUCCGGUGGCCCAUUAGUGGUUAACAACUAUUUGUAUGGUGUUACAUCUUUCGGUAAUGGAUGCGCUACGCCAGGAUAUCCAGGAGUGUAUGCAAACGUUGCUAACUACAAUAUACGUGCAUACAUCAAUCAAAUUACCGGUUUAUAACAAGUUCCUCGAUUUGAUUAAUCAAUCAAUUUAAAAAAUAUAAAAACUAUUAAAGAUGAAGACAAAACACGCUGAAAAAAUUAUAAAUGUAAACAAAUUCAAUUUUCUUUCAUAUACAAUAGAAAUCUACGAACAUUU